AUGACAGAAGCUGCGCUUAGUGUGUCCUUGUCACCGCUGCUGCCAAGCUCCGUAGAGGAUGAGACACCGCCAGGAGGAUUUGCCAGCAACGAGGCAAAGCGCGUUCGAUUUCAGCCCGUAUUCCAACCCACACACGCGGUAUUUACCCCCAAACUGAGCGAGACCAGUUCACUUCGAUACCGGAAGCCAAAUGAUCGCGUAGUAGGUAGAACAAGUUUGGCUCCACCCACAUCUGUCUCGUCAAUUGCACAACCAAAUUGUGAUGACUUCUUGCGACGUGUGAGCGUAGUGCUAUAUCAGCACAUUCGACGCUGCGAAAAGCGACAUCGAGAGCAGUCACGUUGUAGUGGAAGCAAUAAUUUAGCUUCUCUUGCCACUGCUUCUUCCACGGUGGUGUCAGCUCUCAGCACGUCAGAUGAAAGAGAUAUGAGCGAGUGUCGAUCUCCAACCUUGACGGAAGAAACAACACGUUUCAUUGAAGGAAGUUUAGCCGUGUUUCAAGUUGUAGAUCGAGACGAAGGCAGCAUUUCAAAUCCGAGUACUGUUUCAUCCCCAAGACUCGUGGAUUUGCCAGUUGAGGAAACGUUUCGAGAGGAACAUUUUGUGACGCCUCAGUACAAGUACACGUUUAUCAGGUUGCCAAGAAUUCACCCGUUAACCAUGUACCGGAUGGAAAAAAUUAAUUCGAAACGACAUGUUCCUAGUGUAGACGAAAUUUUCCGCUUCUGCAAGAAUUUGUUCAAUAAGGCACAGCUGAGUGCAGAGUGCACUAUUGUGUGCUUGAUUUACAUCGAGAGACUAAUGGAACAGGCCAGUGUGCCACUAUUAGCAGCCACAUGGAGACCCAUCGUCGUAUGUGGUUUGUUGUUAGCAUCGAAAGUGUGGCAAGACUUAAGCUCCUGGAACGUCGAAAUCAGCAACAUUUAUCCUCAAUUCUCGCUGCACUCGAUUAACCGUCUUGAACGGCUCUUUCUGCACCAUAUUCAGUGGGAUCUCUACAUUUCAGCUUCGGUGUAUGCAAAGUACUAUUUUGCGCUGCGCUCAUUAACAGAGAAGAAAGACUUUCGACGUCGGUACAAUUAUACAAUGCGUGUGGAUCCACCUAACUCGAAGCGGCUGGAAGAACGAAGUGCAGCCAUUAAACAUGAAUUGUACUCGAAGAGUCUUUGA